CAGAGAGCAUUCAUACUUGGACUCACUUGAAAAAGGAGGUCUCUUCUGCCUUGUCCCUCACUGCUGAUUCAGGACUGAGCUGAUUUGUGAGCUUCACACUCUGAAACUUGAUCAACUGAGCUUCUGAAACUUUUAGAAACAGCUUUGGACUUUUAGACACUUGAAGGCAUCAUGGAUAACGGUACUGAUGAAUACAUUGACUACAUGUACGAUCUGGAAAAUGUGAACAACUCAUGCGAGUAUGAUGAUGAACUGCCAGUGUCGUACACUCUCAUCCCCAUCCUCUACAUGAUCAUCUUCAUCCUGGGCCUCUCAGGGAACGGCGUGGUCAUCUUCAUCGUGUGGAAGGCAGAGAGCAAGCGCCGAGCGGCGGAUGUCUACAUCGGGAACCUGGCUAUGGCGGACCUGACAUUUGUGGUGACCCUGCCACUAUGGGCCGUGUACACGGCGCUGGGGUAUCACUGGCCGUUUGGUGUGGCUCUGUGCAAGCUCAGCAGCUAUGUAGUGAUGCUCAAUAUGUUCGCCAGCGUCUUUUGCCUCACCUGCCUCAGCUUGGACCGGUACCUGGCCAUCGUGCGCUCUCUGAGCAGCUCACAGCUCCGGACCCGUGGACGAAUGAAGGCCUCGCUCAUCGCCAUUUGGGUUCUCUCAGGCGCACUGGCGUCACCCACACUGGUCUUCCGCACCACAUUGCAUGAUAAAGUGACCAACCAGACCUCCUGCGCUAUGGAUUUCAGCCUCGUGGCGACCAACCAGACUGAGAACCUUUGGAUCGCCGGCUUGGGCAUCUUGUCCACAGCUUUUGGGUUCCUAAUCCCUUUGCUGGCCAUGAUGGUGUGCUACGGCUUCAUCGGCUGCACCGUGACGCGACACUUCAACAAGAAUCUCCGCAAAGAGGACCAGCGCAAGCGGCGUCUACUGAAGAUCAUCACGACGUUGGUGGUGGUAUUCGCUGCCUGCUGGAUGCCCUUCCACCUUUUCAAGAGCAUGGAUGCCCUCUCCUACCUCGGAGUCGUGCCUGAUUCCUGCGCCCUGCUCAACUUCCUGCUCUACGCUCAUCCGUACGCCACCUGCCUCGCUUACCUCAACAGCUGCCUUAACCCGUUUCUCUAUGCUUUCUUCGACCUGCGCUUCAGAUCCCAGUUUUUGUGCCUCCUGAACCUGAAAAAGGCGCUCCACCCCAGCCCGGCAAGUUCUCUCUCCUCUCAAAAGACUGAAGCACAAUCUCUAGCCACUAAGGUGUGAAGUACAGAGAUUUUUACGAGAGGAAGUCAUCUCGUUGGGGCCUUCGCAACUUGACGGUAAAUCUACUGAUCUUGGACAAGUAACCACAGACUCUUGCUUGUGUAUCGCACCAAAAGACCUUGAGAGACUGCUCUUUUUUAUUGACUGCUCUUUUUUUGAUGAGCACAUUGGUGCGGUCUGAGGUUUUCUGGUUUGCAGUGCCAGUCUCUUUGGCAUCGCUUCCAGAGAUCAGAACCCACUGACAGCUGCGUUCCAGACGUUAGUGUCGGACGUCUCGUAGACCUCAUGUGGACUCUUUAGGGGGCUUGGCGCUGAUGGAAGACGCCUAGUGGGUGGUCUGCGCAACUUACAAGGGACGUUUGCUCUCAACUUUGGCAAACGAGCUCCUCCGUAAUUUUAUCGCUUCAUUUCUUAAGCACUUGGUCAUACAUAGAUAAGGGUUGUGCCAUUUUCUCCUACUGAGCAAUUUACCUGUUGUCUUCAUCACUGGGGAUCAGACUAUUGGGAGGGGGGAGCGGCUUAGGGGGGGUGUCAGCCGAGAAGAAGUGUUGCAGCUUGAUUAAAGAGUCGUGUGUGUGUGUGUGAGUGUGUUUGGGGGACUGAGAAUGCCAGAUGGCAACUGACAAAUGCUGUCGGAGGAGGGCGGGUUAAUAAGUGGCAGCUUUUACAAAUGAUAGACUGCUGUGUGUGUGUGUGUGUGUCUGGACAUUUAUGGAAUGUAAUGGGUUGCUAACUUUUUCAUGAAUUGAUUACCUGCUGUAUGACACUGCUAUGAAAUAAUCUGUAAAUAAAAUGUUUAUUCUACUGAAA